AUCAGCGCGUUUUCCCCCAGCCCUGGGUCCGCUUCGCCCCCGAUACCGCCCCACCCCGACCCCUCUCGAAGUCCCCCCUCGAAUCUCCGCGUCUCCCCAGAUCUUCUGCGGCUUCCCGAGGCCGCGUCCCCGCCCCCCCAGCGCCCGCCUCCAUCCCCGCCCCCUCGGUCUGCACGGCCGCAGGCUCUGUGUACGGGGCCCGCCCGUACGGCGCGGAGAGGCGGGAGCCGCCCACGCCCUCGCCACUCCUCUCGGCGUCGCCGUCUCCCUGGGACGCGCGCGGGCGGCGCGGUGCGUGGGAGCCGGGCGGGCGCGCAGGCGACCAUGGCGCGGCGGGCCGGGAGGUAGCGGGGUCGGGACGGGGGCAGCAGACGCCAUGGCCCGGCGGCGGCGCCGCGCGUGUGUCGCGCUGUUCCUGGUGCUGCUCUUCGCCUUCGGUACCCUCAUGGGCCUGCGCACGCUGAAGGCCCCGGACGGACUCCCCGCGCUGGGCCCGGCGCUGGAGCUGGCGCCCUUUGAGCGACGCGCGGAGGGGGCCCCCGCGCCCGCAGCUCGGGCCCCGGCAGCGCCCGCCGCGCCCCCGCCGCCGCCGCCGCCGCCGCCCCGCACCGCGGAGCCCCGCGGCUCGCCGGGCCCGGUCCCCGCGGAGGCCGAGCCCGCGCCCGGGCAGAGCCUGCGCGUCUACUCCGACCUGCACGCCUUCUACUACUCGUGGUACGGAAGCCCGCGGCGCGAGGGCCACUAUAUCCACUGGGACCACGUCAUGGUGCCACACUGGGACCCCAAGAUCUCGGCCAGCUAUCCCCGCGGCCGCCACAGCCCCCCGGACGACUUGGGCUCCAGUUUCUACCCGGAGCUGGGACCCUACAGCUCCCGGGACCCCGACGUGCUGCGGGAACACAUGACCCAGCUCAAGGAAGCCGCCAUUGGAGUCCUGGUCCUCUCCUGGUAUCCACCUGGCAUGGCCGAUGAUAAUGGGGAACCCUCAGAUGACCUGGUACCUGCUAUCCUGGACACUGCCCAUCAGUACAGCAUCCAGGUGGCCUUCCACAUCCAACCCUACAAAGGCCGGGACGACAUCACUGUACAUGAGAACAUCAAGUACAUCAUUGACAUGUACGGCUCCCAUGGUGCAUUUUACCGCUAUAAGAACAGCAUGGGCAAAAGCCUCCCACUCUUUUAUAUCUACGACUCAUACCUGACAUCCCCCGAGGCCUGGGCACAUCUCCUGACGCCAAAUGGGCCCCACUCAAUCCGAAACACACCCUAUGAUGGUGUCUUCAUAGCGCUGCUGGUGGAGGAGGGCCAUACCCAUGACAUCCUCGCGGCAGGAUUUGAUGGCAUGUACACCUACUUUGCCUCCAAUGGUUUCUCCUUUGGCUCCUCCCAUCAGAACUGGAAAGCUGUGAAGAACUUUUGCGAUGCAAACAAUCUCAUGUUUAUUCCCAGCGUGGGCCCUGGCUACAUUGACACCAGCAUCCGGCCCUGGAAUAACCACAAUACUCGGAACAGGGUCAAUGGCAAGUACUAUGAAACAGCGCUGCAGGCAGCCCUGACGGUGAGGCCAGAGAUCGUCUCCAUCACCUCUUUCAAUGAGUGGCACGAAGGCACACAGAUCGAGAAGGCCGUUCCCAAAAAGACACCCACUCGCCUGUAUUUGGACUACCUGCCUCAUCAGCCUAGCCUGUACCUAGAGCUGACCCGCCGCUGGGCCGAGCACUUCAUCAAGGAGAAGGAGCAGUGGCUGAUGUGAGCGCCCUGAGGCAGACAUGCCAACCUUGCCAGAUGUCACCACGCAGGCUCAGCUGAGGGCACAGGCACUCACUCACUGGUCAAGUCAGCAGCUAGGUGCUUCUGGGUGGCCACCAAGCAAGGGCCCAUGGAGAACAGAGCCUGGUACUCUGAUGAGCGUGGUGUGGCCCACUGCAGGGAUGCAAAGCAAGGCAACGUUGCAGGAGAAGGUAGAACUUGGCGGGUGGCUGCGCGUAGCUUAGGGCAGCUCCAUGCCCUCAGACCACUUUUAGAUACUCUCUUCCAACUUGGAACCCUGCGGCGGGGGUUGUUGCUGUGUGGUGGAGUCGGCAGUUCUGCCCUUGGGUUUCAGCACUCUGCGCUAGCAUGCACCCUCCUCCCUCUGCCAGUCCGUGUCCCCUUCUCAGGCCUCCUCCCUCAUUGUGUCUUCUUGAAGAUAGGGAACCACAGCUGAGACUUUCUGAAAGGGAACUUACAGGUUUAAGUUCCUCCCGCAGAUUACCCAGCUGUCCAGAAGUAGCUCUGAGCAGUCAGUCACAUUUCACUCAACACAGAGCACCUCAGCAUGUGCUUGGGUGCUGGGGAAAACUUGACCUAGGAAUGGCUCCUGUCCUCCCAAUGCCACAGGAUCGUUUUAUUUGGCAUGGCCUUGUAGCUAGUGCCUGACCACAGUUGUGUUGAGAAAAUACCUCUGCCCUAGAGCCUACUAAUCCCAAUGAACAUGUUGCUCUUGGGAGAGAUCUAGGACAUCUCCCUUCAGCUGCCUGAACGGAGCUCUCUCACUGGAGCCUCGUGGAGCGCUGCUGUGAUCUGUAUUAAAUACCAACUGGUUUUCUUAAGUACACAUUCCUUUUGCUUAAGACCUCAUGAAUUCUGACCUCAGUCAGAUUCUGACAUUUGGCCAGGGCUGGCUGUAGUUUUAGCACAAUGAAGAGUGGGUUUGGUUGAAAAAUUACUAGUUUAAAUUUGAGUUCCAGAGGGAAUAAUUAACCAGCCAGUGCUUAUUUACAAACUAAUAUGCUAAUUUCAGGGACCCUGCCCUGGAAUACGUUGGCAAGAUUCUUAGGUUAUACUUGAAAUAAUGUACAUUGGAAACCACUGGACUGAGAGGAUUAUGGGUUCAAGACUGAAUUCUGGGAUACAGAGGAAAGAGGAAGUGGAACCCAGGUCAUCUCAAGGACACCCAGCUCAUCUGGGUUAUUGACAUUAAACACCACCACACAGAUGAAUAGCCCUGGCCACCUAGCUUGUGGCUUAGUUGAGGAAACCAAGGCAGGAAGGUCAGAAGGUCAGUUGAUAGGGUUGGAUGCUGACACGUAGUAGUUUCAUUUCAAUGUGGACAACUGGAAAACUAAGGCAGGGCCAGGAAAAAGGGGCAGCUAUCCUCAUGCACCGCUGACAGCAAACAAACAUGAUUCAGUUCUUUUGAAGGCUAAUCUACAUCAAGAGCCAUAAAUGAAUAUUACUUCGAUCUAAUAAUCUUACCCUAAGGAAACAAUUUAAUAAAUGAUUUACAAAAAUG